AUGAAAAUAAAUUGUGUUAUUACCGAAGAUGAAUUAUCAGAAUGGUUAAAAAAUGAUGUUGAUGAAGUUAAAAAGGUUCUUGAUACUGAUAAAGAUUUUGGUACUGCUGGUGUAUUUAAGCCAGGAAAAAAUGGUCAAACACUAGAUCAAGUAUCUACAUUAAGUCGAUUGGAUUGUGUAGGUGCUGUGGAUAUGCUCUUUAAUCGAAGAUAUUCGGCUACUGUUACGGCAGAUAUUCUUUUAUCAUGCAUCGAAAUGAGCAUCGACAUGUUCAAUAUUUUGAUUAGACCUAUAUUAGAAGAUCUUCAAUCAAAACCUGAAGAAUAUAAUGCAUUCAAAAAUUCAGAUAUUUAA